AUGGCGAACGCGAGCGACCCUGUAAAGGAUAAUCUGCACGAUGUAUUCAACGAGACACUCGGAUUUGGAAAGAUCUACGUGGUGUCCAUGCCCGAGCGGAGCGACAAACGGGACACCAUCAGUGUCCAAGCACGACUGACUGGAAUGUCUUUCGACUUUGUGGACGGAGUUGCUGGCGCGAAGGUCCUUGAGAAAGCCUUACCGUACACGAUGAACCGCACGGGUCCUGAGAUCGGGUGUUGGCGGUCGCAUCUCAAUGCAAUGCAGGAAAUGGUGCGGCAAAAAAUCCGGUCUGCCUUGAUCUUCGAGGACGAUGCGGAUUGGGACGUCGCCCUCAAAGCGCAAAUGCUCCAGGUUGCCCGCGGGAGUCGCUGGCUUUUGGGAAACCCGAAAGAUGCGAUACCAUACUCACCCUACGGAGACGGCUGGGAUGUGCUUUGGAUAGGCCACUGCUCUUCAGAGCCGUCAGGCUCACGGCGAUGGGUGAUUCCGCGAGACCCGACUGUUGUCCCUCCUAGCGAUCGAGGCUACUGGUUCAAGCCUGACAUGACGACUUGGGAAUCAGGGGCAGACCCGGACACUCAAACUCGCCUCCUGUUCGAAGUCGGGCUGGGAUCUUGCAGUGCAGCGUGGGCCAUCUCACUCGCAGGUGCGGAAAAGAUUCUCUACCAACUCAGCAUGAGCCCUUUUAACGACGCGAUCGACAUGGGAGUCAGCGACAUGUGCUUCAGAAAGACGCUGAACAUCAGCUGCAUCGCACCAUUCCCCACGAUCAUCGGCGUGAGCAAACCUGCAGGAAGCCUCGAACGUGGUAGCGACAUUAGAGACGAUGAAUCGAACACGCAUACCGAGCAAGGGAUUCGACCGACGUCUGAAUCCGAGAGAGUCGUUUUCUCUACACGCCAAAACAUCGAACGGCUCAUCACGAAGCAGGACACGUUUGAGAGUCGGUAUCCUGAUGUCACCGGCCAAUUCAUGUCUCUCAAGGAUAUCGGCAGCGCAAUUGGACAUGGGGAAUAG